AUGUCCUCUCCCUCAUCGUCCAGCUCGGCCAAGCGAAAGCGGACCACCGCCUCUGAACACCUCAAGUCCACGGCGACCGAACUCCAGCAGCCCUCCUCCCGCGAUGCAUCAGGCGAAGAACUCGCGGAUACGCCCUCACACAACACCCGAACCCGCAAACACGCCUCGAGUAAUUCGAUCGACAGUACCGUGCCUCCUAGUAAGCGGGCUCGGACUCGAUCAAAUGCGAACCCUACCGAGCCCAAUGGUGCGAAGCACGACCAUGAGGGCUCUGAUGAUGCCAGUGACCAUGAUGAGGAGCUGGAUCUGGAUGACAAGGACCAGCAAAGUCAUAUGUCUGUUCCUAGCUCGGUGAAGAAGGCUAUUGUUGUUGGUGAGGACACUAUGCAGGAGCCGCCAAAGGCAGGCUUGAGAGAUCCUGUAGGAGGAUACAAGACGAACCCGCCGCCUGUGGGACGACCUGUCAGAGUGUACGCCGACGGGGUAUUCGACUUGUUCCAUCUUGGACACAUGCGCCAGCUGGAACAAGCGAAAACGGCGUUCCCAGACACCUAUUUAAUCGUCGGAGUCACAGGUGACGCAGAAACACACAAGCGGAAGGGUUUGACAGUGCUCACCGGAGCGGAAAGAGCAGAAACUGUCCGUCAUUGCAGAUGGGUGGACGAGGUCAUUCCUAACUGUCCAUGGAUUGUGACACCGGAGUUCCUUGACAAGCACCACAUUGACUACGUCGCUCAUGACGAUGAGCCCUAUGGUGCGGACGAAGGAGAUGACAUCUACGCGCCAAUCAAGAAGGCAGGCAAGUUUCUCGUGACACAGAGAACCGAAGGAGUCUCCACGACAGGAAUUAUCACAAAGAUUGUCCGCGACUAUGAGAAGUAUAUCGCCCGCCAGUUGAGGAGGGGCACAAGUCGUCAAGAAUUGAACGUCAGCUGGCUGAAAAAGAACGAGUUGGAUAUCAAGCGCCAUAUGCAGGAGCUGAGAGAUAGCAUCAAAACAAACUGGAGCACUGCUGGAGGGGAGAUUGGACGAGAUCUCCGACAGUUUUGGCAGAAUGCCGGUUCACGGCCUGCGAGUCCAAAUCCGUUUAACAGACAGCUUAGCGAUGGCCUGAGGAGUCCAAGCGCUGCCAGUGCUCUCGACCAUCUGAAGCAUCUGGAGGUGCCCGGUAGUGCUGACAAGCGCAGCGACUCUCCAGGCAGAUUCAGCCGAAGUGAAGACUUUGCAGCUGGAUACAGCCUGGGUUUGAUCGGAGGAGUCAAGUCAUGGAUGAUGCGUGGCAAGAGAGCUCUGAGAGAUAGUCAGCCACCAAGCCCCGAUGGCAGUGAGGACGAUGAGGCUAGAAGCCCCUUCAGCAACGAGGGCGAUGUCACCAUUGAGCUCAAGACACCACCGAUGGGUCGAGGGAGGAAGAGCAAGAAUACCAGCGAAUCUGACGACCUACAGUAG